GCUGUCAUUUUAUUUCUGUCCUUGACGCCGCGUAAGCACGAACACACGUAUGCCUCCCCACAGAUCAUGCAGCCAGCUACUGGUAUCACCAUGAAGAUGCACACAUGAUGUAAGCAUUGAUUGACACACACGUGCACCCCCCUCCGUGAGUGCCCGCUGUCUGUUUAGACAGCCGGGUUCCUGUAUAGGUAUGGCAUGUUUGAUGGCAGGAUCUGCUUGGCACGCCCACGCAACUCGCUCCCCUCCUCUGAUGUCACUAUCAGAGGCGGCACAUACUUAUCCGCUGCACAAAUUAACCGACCACACGAGACUUGAUGUCCUGUCUGUCUUCUGUCUGUCUGUCUGUCUGUCUGUCUGGGUACCUUUGAGUGUGUCGGUGACAUCUUCCCGCUUUGCCACGGCCUUUUCUGCCUUGGUGCGGCCAAUGAGGGCUCGGACAGACGCAUUGGAGUGCACAUUACGCAUUUGCUGUGGAGAAUGGGCGUUCAGAGACGGACCGUCAGACACACGUAUCGAUACCAUGUCAAACACAAAGAGAUCACCUGUGACGUGUGGAGCACUCUGUCCGCUUCAGCCUUCGCAUCCCCUUCUCCUUCCGGCUGAUGACAUUGACACAGACACACACACACACACACGCACACACACGGACUUGUUGUCCAUCAGCGGUCAUAUGCAUCAAUUGGUGUCUGCGUGCCGCGCCUACCGAGCCGUUCCAUGCUGGUCGGUCCUCAAGACCUGCCGCUGGCGCCUCGCCGUUUAAUACAUGGCCAUUGUGCUUGCCUGCACAUGAACGGAGCUGUGUCUCUGAUGUGAUCGAUGCGAUGCCAUGCGAUGGUGGUCGCUUCCACGGUACCAUUUGUGAGUAGUUCUUGCUCGAGAGCCCCUUCCUGUGGGUUGGCCUCCUCCGCUGGCUGCUCCUCAGCGGCGUUGAGGUCAUCCAGCAGCUGCUGCUGCCACUCCUCCUCCUGUUGAUCGACCGGCCAUUCAGCAGAGAAUUGGACACGCUCCACGUGUACGAUGGAUGCCAUGGGCACGUGUGCGUAUGUCUCCCCAGCCCACCUCUUUCUGGAGCUGCCUUGCCCUGGUUGCCAGGAAGGACAGGGCGCUCUUGAACUCAAGAUCGUGCACAUACUCCUCAAAGUCAAGGGACUGAAUGGACACACACAUACACAUACACAGGACGUCAACCCGCCAAAUGUGAAGGUGUGACAGCUGUCUGUGUCGCAAGACUUAUUCGCCGGUCGGUCGCUGACCGAUGCGAAUUGUAUGAGGCUGUCCGCGUUCUCCUCCUCAGCGGCCUCCACCUGCUGGGCCGUCAUCGCCCACAGCGGCCUCUUGGACGCAUCUUCCUCUUGACGGGCUGCACCCACGCCCCUCCCAUGCUUCCGGGGACCCGACAGCUGCAGAGCUUCCAUCAGACGAGAACGCUCCGGCUGAACAGGCUCGGCUCCCGCUGCUUCGUCCCUUUUGGGCUGUUUGCGUAGUGUGACCCCUCUCUCUGUCCAGUAGUCGGCCAUCAUGGCCCGGACGGCCUCCCGCUGUGCGUCGCCCUUUGCCUUGAUCUUACGGUGCCUCGCCUCCUCCUCAGUGGCCUCCAGCGCAAGAUACUGCUUUGUGUCACGAACCUGAUAACAUACAUACGGCCGAUGCAAUUAUGCGGUGCAGACCAAGAUGGUGUGUGGGCGGCGUGUAUACACACGCACACCUGUGCGGCAAGUUCUCUGAGGAACUUCUUAUGUGCGGCCAUGGCCGGCAGGCUGCCGGGCGGACAUGACUCGGCGACCGUGACCUUCUUGGCGGGGCAGAGGCCCACGGGCUCAUGGGAAGUCACCCACUUGAAGGUCGGAGGGCCGCUCCCUGACCUGGAGUCAACCAACACAUCAAUCAGGAUGUCCCCUCUCCCUUUGUCAUUGCAGAAGCGUGUGCAGUGCAUGGGCCUGUACUUUUUCUUGUCGAGGGGAGCCUCGCCAGGGCGGUUGCAGAGCAUCACGCUGCAGAAGAGAACAAGACAAAGCGAGGGGCAAUGGCGAAAUUGCCAUCACUGCAGUGUCAUGUGUGGUGGUGUGUGUACCCCUUGAAGUUGCCAAGGCUGGCGCCUUCUGCUGACGCCAUUUUUCGUGCGCGAGACUGG